AUGGGACAUGAGGAGCAUGGAGGGACUUGGCACAUGGACGCAGCUCAACUGGAUACGCAAAGGAAGAAGGGAGAAGCCAUCUUGAAGACCAGCUCGAGCGUCUCCUCGAUCGAGCUGAGAAGAAGGGCUCUAAAAGAAGGGGAGGAUGUAGCCUCUAAGGCAAGACCAGGGGAUAAAAGAAAAGAUCCACCAGCUCAGGCCCCUUCAUCCAAGCCAUCUCAGCUCACAAUGACUUUGUUCCCCACCAAGUUUGAAAAUGGGAAGAUUGAGUACAAGAUAAGGUACAAGGGGAGAUCAAGGCCAUUCUCUAGAGCCAAAGCCUUGGUGACUUCAGAACAAUCCAGGGACCCAUCCAAGCUAAAGGAGCUUCUGUCUCAAGUCCUCACUAUCACCCUUGAUGGUGGGACUAGCUCAACCAAUGCCUAA